AUGGAAAACCCCCUUCUCCCACCGAAUACCCUGAUCCUCGGCCAUGGCUGGUCUCUGCAAAGCCAAACCAGUCUGCCUGGCUACGCCCUGGACAAAUUCCCACUCAAUUUCAACGUGACUAAGAGGGACUGGCACAUAUUUCGCGCCGAGUCACCCGGUGACGAUACCGACACGGUUGCCCUGGAUGAUCAGCGCAUUGCGUAA